GCCGGGCUGCCUCCGCGUUCGACUGCUCGACGGUCAUUUAGAAGUUAAUUGUCAGUUCCCCCUCACCCACUUGGAGCUCCUGGGGAGAAGAUCGGAUUCGCUGACUGCGCGGCGGUGCUGGGGACCCAGCCAGUCAGAGGCUCCUCCACUCCGACAAGAACCUGGAGAAGACUAUCUUAAGCGAGAAUGCUGUACACGUUCUGAGGGAGUUGUUUCAAGCCAGUCAACCAUGAAGCCACGAGAAGUUGCCUCCAAGUUCCCCCUCCAAGUUCCCCAGGAGCCCGUGGGGCUUCAGAUCGUGAAGGUAGAGGAAGAUGAACAUACUUGGAGGCAAGACUGCGGCUUUCAAAGGAAACCAACGCAUACCCGGGAGAUCUUCCGCCUGAGGUUCAGGCAGUUUUGCUAUCAAGAGACUCCUGGGCCCCGAGAGGCGCUGAGCAGGCUCCGGGCGCUGUGCCGGCAGUGGCUGCGGCCCGAGCUGCACAGCAAGGAGCAGAUCCUGGAGCUGCUGGUGCUGGAGCAGUUCCUGACCAUCCUGCCCGCAGAACUGCAGAGCUGGGUGCGGGAGCAGCAGCCAGAGAGCGGGGAGGAGGCGGUGACUGUGCUGGAGGAUUUAGAGAGAGAGCUGGAUGAACCCGGAGAGCAGGGUCCUGUUAGCUCACACGAAAUGCCUUUCAAGGAGAAGGAGCCUAUGGAAACAGCACAGGAGUCAGCAUGUUUAAAGUUGCCCCUGGCAAACCAGUUAAGAAGUGAAUCUUCACAACCCAGCCACCCCCUACAGGAGAAUGGGCUGAGCAUGCAGCGUUCCGAGGGUGGAUCGGCAUCACGAGCCUCUGUGGCUUUGCGUCUGUCGGCGGCAGCCCUGCCACCUGGUGCCCAGCCCAUGCCUGCCUCGCCUCAGCGGAUGUUGAUCCAGGCAGCAGGCUCCCCUCGCAAAAGGGCCCAGACGCCGACAAUUCCCGUGCCCAGAGUGCAAUCGGUCCGCAAGCAGGUGCGGCCUGUGCAGCACGUGUACCCGGCACCAGUGCAGUACGUGGAGGGGGCAGACGCCGUCUUCACCGAUGAAGCCAUGCGGAUGGCCUACACCUACAACCCUGAGCCCCAGAUGUACGCCCCCAGCAGUGCCGCCUUGUCCUACUUUGAGGCCUCAGGCGGCUCCCAGGUGGCUGUGGCAGCCCCGUCCCCACCAGCGAUUCCCUCUCACAGCGUGGUGGGCAUCGCCAUGGAUGUCACAGGAGCCCCCGUCGUCUCCAGCCCGGGCACCUAUCUCAUCCGUGGGGGAAUGGACAGCAUGAGGCUCUCCCUGGCCCACAAGUCUCGGUCCCGGUCAUCACCAGUCACGCUCCAGUGGCUGUUAGAUAAUUAUGAAACUGCCGAAGGUGUGAGUCUCCCCAGAAGUUCUGUCUACAGCCACUACCUUCGACACUGUCAGGACCACAAGCUGGACCCUGUGAACGCCGCCUCAUUUGGGAAACUGAUCCGUUGCGUGUUCAUGGGCCUGCGGACCCGACGCCUGGGGACCAGGGGCAACUCCAAGUGUCAUUACUAUGGGAUCCGCCUGAAGUCAGACUCCCCGCUGAACCGGCUGCAGGAUGAGGCACAGUUCACGGCCGUGAAGCAGCAGUCCUCGCACCAGAAGCCCAGUUUAGGAAGCGGGAAAGGUUCAGACUCACCUGGCGGCUUCGAGGGCAGACCGAGCUGGCGACUGCAGACUGGACAAGCCUCCAGGACAGCUCUGCUCUGACACCCGGGAACCCACUCGAUGGUACAUAACACAGUAACAACAUCCACCGGAGGACCAGGCCCCAGAGGCUCCGAUGCGGACGAGGCCACCGCUGGCCCUGGGUUGAGCACAGGCUUUGGAAUAACGUGUGCUGCCCACUCUUUCUAAUGGGGGGAGAGCCUGUUGCAGAACACACACACACACGCACGCACACAUCCCCACGCAGACACACACGUAUGUGCGAGACAGAGGCCUCCCAGCACGUUUUAUGAAGUCAGUUUGCUCUUAACUCCAAAGCUGCCAAGAUUGUAGAGCGAGGUGGUGAUCCUCACGAAACACAGCAUCAUGAACAAGGGGGCGGGGGCGGGGGAGAUCUAAAAGUCUAUGACUAAACCUCACGCAGGUUCAAACUACCUUGAAGUCCUAACACCAUUUAAAUAAACAGCAACUGGAAUCUA